AUGGCUGAGCAAAGGCAACCAUUCCGCUUUAGGCUCCCGUGGUCAGCAGCACCUGCUGCUCCACGUCCCAGCCAAGUGACCCAAGCACCAUCUCAGCCACCAGCACCAAGGCAAGCACCUGCUGCUCAACGUCCCAGCCAAGUGACCCAAGCACUAUCUCAGCCACCAGCACCGCGACAAGCACCUGCUGCUCCACAUCCCAGCCUAGUGACCCAAGCACCAUCUCAGCCACCACCACCUCAGCAAGCACCUGCUGCUCCACGUCCCAGCCAAGAGACCCAAGCACCAUCUCAGCCACCAGCACAGCGGCCCCCUUUCCGUCCAGCAGGAGUGGCGCCAGCACAGCCCAAACCACCAACAGUACCACCAACAAGAGAAGAACCCCAAUCACCCUCACGAUCAUCUCAAGGCACACCCAAACCAGCAAUACAGCCUCAGGAGACACAACCACCCCGAGGUCCACCAGCAUCAGCAUCACAGACUAUUCCUCCGACUCAAGUUACCUCUCGGCCUGCUCCCCCGACACAGGUAAGUUCCAAACUCCAACAAGCGACAAAGGCACUGCCACAGUCACCAUCUCCAUCACGAGGAGGUGACAAGCCAAUUAGGACAAAAGCCACAACAGGGUCACCUCCAACAUCUUUUGCAGUUAAUGACAGAAUUAACGGAAAUCAUGACGAUCCUAAGAAAGAAGCAGUUAAUGACAGAAAAAUUAUAAGCCCGGAAGCACGGACUAUAGAACAUCCACUUGCAGAACAAUACGAGGAGGGACUGCAUUCAGAGAAAGAAGUUUUUGACAUAAAGGAGGUCUUCAAAAAAACUGAAAAUAGAGGGCAUGAUACUGAAAAUGAGACCCGAGGUGAUGAAAGAGUUGCAAGGUAUCCUCAUAAGCAUGCAAAUGCAGAAGGACAUAAGCCUCCUUUUCAAAAAGAGAUAAAGGAGAACUUGCCAAAGUUAGUGCACAAACAAGGUGCUCAGCAAGAAAAACUCUUGCACCAGAAGCCAUUAAGCAUUAUCACUCUAGCAGGGGAAAACAUUGGAGCAACCAUGCACCUUAGCUCUGAGACUAUAAACAAAGAGAAGCCAAUUCACAUUCAUAGGGGAUACAAGCUCAAUUCUGACAGAACAGCUGAAACCACUAAAGGUGAGGGAAGCUCCAGAAAGAGGAAAUCUGGAGACACAAACCUCCAAGAGGAUUUAGCAACAAAGUCAUACGUCAACAACAAUGCACAAGGAAUAAACAACUCACUCGUCUAUAACAGUUCUGUGACAGAAAGAAACCCUGGUGUCCACGUGGUUUUCACUCGUAACCAAAUUGAACCCCAGCUGAUACACACAAAGCUAGGUAAAGAUAAGGGCAAGCUCGAUUCCCACAAGGCUGAAUUCAUCAGCACCCCAGCUGAAAACCUGGCAUAUGCACCAACCAUUAGAAGAAGAUGUCUACAAAGUCUCUUAAUGGAGUCAAGUAGCUCCGAUCCUGAAAAGCCUCGUUGCCAUGGUUGUCGAGUUGGACGAAAUCAGAAAAGCAAAGAUGGUACAAUCAAUGUUCUGUAA